ACAUUAUGUGAAAACAGAACACUGUCAAAAUAGAAGAGUAAUUUAUAACCUGUUCAACACCAAAAUAUUAAAUUUAUAAUUCAUCUUGAUUUUUGCAUGUAAAUUGAACCAUAAACAUCACCAUGAAGGGAAGUGGAGGAGGUGGUUUUUCCAAUCAGAAUAAUGCUGGCAAUCAUCAAGGAGAUGGAUACAACAGGGGUCAAAGCGGGCAAGCAGGGCAUCAUGGGAGUCAAGGAGGACAUCAUGGAAGUCUAGGAGAACAUCAUGGAAGUCUAGGAGGACUUCAUGGAAAUGAAAGUGGACAUAAUGAGAUCCAAGGUGGACAUUAUGGAAGUAAUUCAUCCACGGAUCAUAUCCAUGGUAGGGGUCAUUCCUAUCCCACCCAGUCUUCCCACACCUUCAAUCCAGAAUCCGAUCCGGAUUUUUCAGAUGACGAUUUGGAAAUCGAUGGUGAACUUUAUCUAAAUCCUGGUGAGCCAUAUGGUGCAGAUAUGUUGCCGGUGGAUGACCCGUACAUUCACUUAGAAAAGGCCGAAGAGGCAAAUCGUGAGUGGUUGACAGGACCUUUGAGACCUCGUAAAACUAAUAUCAAGGUUCGCUUCUGGGAAGAGGGCAAUGAAUACUAUGAUAUUGAAGAGAAUGACAGUCCAUCUGUUUACAAUAUGGCAAGUGAACGAUCCUUCAAUGCCAGUAAACAACGGGAAAGACAGAACUCUCCACUAAAUACUUCACAAGGAAGCUCGGAUAGGCGAGAAUCUCCUCAGAAAUGAUCAUCAACAAACACAGAAAAACAUGAAAACAAAAUUAAUCAAUGGGCCUUUUACUACGUUCACAUUUAAAAUUAUUAUAAUAUUUACAUACUUGAUGUACAUGUACUUUUAAUGGUCAUGUAUUUUGUUAAAUGAAACAUUAUAAAUUGAAAGACUUCAUGUAAAACUAAGAAAACUUUUAUAGGAAAGACCU